UCGGGGGCCGCCGGGAGCCGCCGUGCGGGCACCCCAAGGCCGCCCCGGUGGUCCCCGGUGCCACCCCAGCCCCGCUGUCCCCCCAGGACCUCCCCGCAGGGAUGGAGGGGCGCGGGGAGGAGGCACCAGAGGAGCCGGAGGUGUCGGAGCCCUCAGAGGAGGAGGAGGAAGAGGAGGAGGAGGACGAAGGCUCCGGGGUACGGGUGACGCCGGCGCUGCUCAAGGCCACGACGGGCGAGUUCUCGCUGGAGUCCAUCCUGCUGCUGCGGCUGCGGGGCCGCGGCAUCGCGCACCUGGGCUGCCUGGCCGACUGCUCCAACCUCGAGUGGCUGGACCUGUCGGGCAACGCCAUCGCGGGGCUGGCGCCGCUGGCCGCGCUGCGCGCCCUGGCCGUGCUCAACCUGGCCGCCAACCGCGUGGCCAGCGUGGAGCCGCUGCGGGGCUGCCGCAGCCUGCGCCAGCUCAACCUGGCGGGCAACCGCCUGCGCAGCCUGCGCCAGCUGCGCUGCCUGCAGGGCCUGCGGCACCUGGAGAGCCUGCGCCUGCGGGACCCGCGCGGCGGCCUGGCCAACCCGCUGUGCGCCGCGCCGGCCUACCGCGCCGCGCUGGCCGCCAUGCUGCCCGGCCUCAAGGCCAUCGACGGGCAGCGCGUGGCGGGCCGCGGCAGCGAGCUCUUCCGCCUGUGCCGCGAGCUGGACGCGGCGCUGGACGGGGAGGGCGCGCCCGCCGCCGCCGCCGUGGCGCCCGCGGAGCCGCCGCAGCCCUGGGUGCGCGCCGGGUUCUGGGAGGCGCGGCCGGCGCGGCGCAGCGCCGUGCUGGAGGAGGCCACGCGGCAGCUGGGCCAGGCCCUGCGCGAGUGCCGCGAGCUCGGCCGCCGCGCCGACGACUCCAUCGCGCAGGCACAGCGCGCCCUCGGCCGCCGCCAGCACGGCGACUUCGGGUUCUGAGCGCCGCGGGGACACGCGGGCUGGACACGGCCUUGGCUGGGCUGGGGAACGCAAAGGUGGGAAUGGAGAACAGCCACAGCCCAGAGCCACCAUCAUCCGAGCCACCGGAGCCCAAAAACAGGGCCAGGAGAACCCCCAGAGAGUCACCAUCAUCUGAGCCACAGGACCCCAAAGAUGGGAUUGGAGAAUACUCAAACAUGGGAAUGGAG